AUGAAUUGCCCCUCCCGAACCGAUGAUACGCUGCUGCAUUGCGAGUGGAACCAGAACCCGCCAUCGCUGGCCCCCGACUUGACCACGCGCCAAGACCUCAAUGGCAUCUCCAAUGCGCGCGUGCUGAAGACCAACGAUGGACUGGUCGGGUUGCCGUGGUCGUCGUUAGAGGUCACCGGCAUGACACCCACGCAGCCGUUCGACCCGGAAAAGCGGCGCCCACCCGCCCCGGGGGCGUCCUUGACACCGUCAGGACCCCCUUACCCACCGACCGGCUCGCAUGCUGGUCUCCAGGGCACCAAUGCCCGCCCCGCUUGUCGGCCAUGGCUCCAGAAACUCUGGAGUUGGGCGACAUGGCUUCUCUCGGUGCUGUGCACCUCGGCUCUGAUCUCCCAUCAGAGUCUGGCACAGUAUCUGGGAAUGAAUCGAUCCCCCGUUCUAGUCGAAGACGUUCAGCCGACCAAGAACGCCACGCAAUUACAGCCAGGCCGUCUUCUAGCGGCGCGUGACACCUGCGCCCAGGGAGGAGUCGACGGCGCUGCAUACGAUCUGCCCCUACAUGUGGCUGCCCUCUUCAUUAUUCUGGCGGUGUCGGGCUUGGCGUGCGCGUUCCCCAUCCUCGCCGUUCGCUUCCCUCGUCUGCGCAUCCCGGGCCCGUUCCUCUUCUUCGUUAGCCACUUCGGCACGGGCGUGCUGAUCGCGACGGCCUUUGUUCACCUGCUUCCCACCGCCUUCACGUCCCUCAACCACCCAUGUCUGUCCAGCUUCUGGACGCAGGACUACCCGGCCAUGCCCGGGGCCAUCGCGCUGGCCGGCAUCUUCCUCGUGACCGUGAUCGAGAUGGUUUUCAGCCCGGCCCGCCACGUCUGCCGCGGGGGCGCGCGAUUUGGCGACCUCCCGCCGCCGCCGACGGACAAGGACAACGAAAAGGCCCCGAUCCCGCGAAUCAACAUCUCGGAUCACUCGCAUUGCACCGACCACUCCGACGUUCCCUCCCUUGUGGAACCGCUGCCCCAUCUGCGCGAUCUGGGGCCCUUGAUCGGCCGUUCGUCCAGCAUCAGCCGCUCCAUCAAUCGCAUGGGCGACGACCCCGACCGUAUCUGUCGCAUCGCGUCCGCGCCCGAGGGGCCCGUCACCCACCUCGACUUCCGGCCGGAGCGUCUCCCGGACGUGGAGCGCAUCACCGACGAGCUGUCCCGGGACCAGAAAUACCGCAAGGAGAUGAUGCAGGUGUUCAUGUUGGAAAUGGGCAUCCUGUUCCAUAGUGUCUUCAUCGGCAUGUCUCUCAGCGUGUCGAUCGGGAAUGAAUUCGUCAUUCUCCUGAUCGCCAUUGUCUUUCACCAAACUUUUGAAGGGCUUGCACUGGGAGCCCGGAUUGCCGCCCUCGACUGGCCCGAGGACGCGCUCCAACCAUGGCUGAUGAGUCUCGCGUACGGGUGCACGACCCCCAUCGGCCAGGCGAUUGGUCUCGCCACCCAUACCCUGUACAGUCCGGAUUCGGAGGUGGGCCUGCUGGUGGUGGGCGUCAUGAACGCCAUCUCGGCGGGUCUUCUGAUCUUUGCUUCGCUGGUCGAGCUCAUGUCGGAGGACUUCCUCAGCGAUGAAAGCUGGCGCGUUCUGCGCGGGAAGAGGCGAGUGUUUGCCUGCAUUUUGGUUUUUCUAGGAGCGUUCUGUAUGAGUAUCGUUGGUGCCUGGGCUUAG